UUAAGACGCGCUCUGUUACGUUGUGUUGUUAAUCGUGUGCUAAAAAAAAUUGUGUAUAAUUUAUCUAAAAAAAAAAUAGUGAAACACGUCAUUUAAUAUUUACAUUUGGUUAAGUGAAACGAAACUAUUAAAAUAGAAAUAAGCGUUCUGAAUUCAAAAACAGAAUUUAGUUAGCAGUGUUCAAAUUUUUGCUGCGCUGAAAAAAUUAAUAAGUGAUAUAUUCAUAUAUCAAGCGGAAAACGAAGUGAAAAGCGAGUGAGAAAAUGACUAUGCAAAGACCUGUGAAACAAGUGUAUAAAAUUAGUGUAUCAGUGUUGAAACUAUCACACAUAAGGACACAUAGCAUGUGUUGUCACGUUUUCUGACAGUGACUGUCAUUCUGACUUGAUUUGUAAGUCUGUACAUAAGUUAGGUACUCGUAUAAUAAUAAACGAAGACUGAAGCCAUUCCAUUUGUAUGUAUAUAUAUAGUGAAACUAAUACCAAAAAUCAAGACUGAAUAUAAAAAUAAAUAAUACUCAUCAUUCCAACUGAAUAAACAUCAAAAAUAAAAGAAAGCCAAGAAACUGAUAUUUAUUUACGGCGCCAUCUAUCCGCGACACGUGGAACUGACAAGUGGAAUUAACGCCAUCUGUUAUUAACAACCGUAAAACUGUCGGAGAUGGUAGAAGACACGUCGCACAAUGGACAGAAUGACAGAGUCUCGGCGGCUGCUGUCCUACAAUUUGCUGCAAGAGAAGCAAGAGAGGGGAGGAGAUUUGCUGAGUUUGGUGCGCAUGCGUUCGCCAGCAUCACAUACAAUGCUUACGCAGCUUUGGGAGACAUGGGUGGAAGCGGGACCAGCUCGGGGUCGUCCCACCUGUCCCCGGGCUGGCAGGUCAACGACCUCGACCUUGACCUCACCGGCGAGUUGGCCAUGAAUGACGCGCUGCUGUCUUCGCUGCCAUCCCUGGCCGUGUUCAAGCAGGAAGCGCCGUCCCCCACCGGCGCCGUGGUGUCCCCCCCGCGCCGCAUGUGGCCCAGGAGGGACGACAGACAGAUAACCAAUAUGGCGGUGGACGGGACGGAGCGAGAGGCGAUAGACGACGGCUGUCACCAGUCACCGACAAUGAUGGGACAACACGCAGGAAGCCCCGAGAACAUGCAGUGCCAGGCCAUUCCUUCAAACUCUUUGAUGCCAAUGAAUGGAUACCACUCACCGAACCAGGAAAAUAAAAACGCUGGUCUCCUGAUGUGUUCUCCAGUGAGCUCCUUGGAUGGUUUCCUGCAUUCACCAGCCACACAGCGCUCUGAACCCAGCUUCAAGGAUGACACCAGAUUCCAAUACGUAUUGGCAGCAGCGACCUCUAUCGCCACAAAACAGAACGAGGAAACUCUCACGUAUCUGAACCAGGGUCAACCCUACGAGAUCAAACUGAAGAAGCUCGGCGACCUGUCGCAUUACAAGGGCAAGAUUCUGAAGAGCGUAAUAAAGAUAUGCUUCCACGAGCGUCGUUUGCAGUACAUGGAGCGGGAGCAGAUAUCGCAGUGGCACGCGGAGAGGCCCGGCGAGAGAAUCGUAGAGGUGGAUGUACCGCUCUCGUACGGGGUGAUCAGAGUGGAGCAACCCGCGUCUCUCAACUCGCUGCAUGUGUUCUGGGACCCCACCAAAGACGUCGGUGUUUAUAUCAAGGUGAACUGCAUAUCAACAGAAUUCACGGCGAAGAAACAUGGUGGCGAGAAAGGAGUCCCCUUCCGGAUCCAAGUGGAGACGUACCUGGCCAGUGAGGACGCGAGACUGCACGCCGCCGCCUGCCAGAUCAAGGUAUUCAAACUGAAAGGCGCGGACCGCAAACACAAGCAAGACAGGGAGAAGGUGCUCCGGAGACCGCGCGCUGAGCUGGACAAGUACCAGCCCGGCUGCGAGUCCACCGUGCUCACCACGUUGUCCAAUGACGCGUUGAUGCCACCACCAUCGCUUGUGACAACAUCGCCACCGUACUCCCCCGAAUUAUGUGUGACUCCAAAGAGUGUUGCGAGCUCUCAUUUGGUCAACACCAAGCCUGUCUUGCCACAGCCUGCCGUCCUUGCCUCUACAAAUCAGAUGAAACCACUAUAUUGUCAAGAUGGCGGGGAGAUGAAAGUGACUAGUCCCCCGUGUCACUCUCCAGGCGCCAUCUUGCCGGACCUGCCUCAGCCAGCCGAAGACCCCGACAAGAACUCCGGUCUAUCGAAGGAGGCGACGUCGAGUGAGACACAGGCGUGGCUUGCGCGCCACCGAUUCACGCAGUACGCGGCCACGCUCGCCAACUUCUGCGGCGCCGAUCUGCUCAGAUUGACACGAGAUGACAUCAUACAGAUAUGCGGGCUCGCGGACGGGAUCCGUCUGUUCAACGCGUUGCAUGCCAAACGCAUCGAGCCCUGGCUGACGGUGUACGUGUCCCCGGCCGGCAGCGCGGAGUACAGCGCGCUGUAUCUGCAGUCCGCGCGCGCGCGCGAGCUCACGUGCAAGCUGCGCGCGCUGCAGCCCGCGCGCAAGGAAUGCGAAACAGUGCUGGUGGCAGGACCGAACGGAGCUCGAGUGAGACUAACAGAUGAAUUGGUCAGACAUCUUCCGGACAACUCCACUUACAAGCUCGAGAACAUUGAAGACAAUAAGGCUCUUCUUUUGUGUGCUACAAGCUGUAAUAGUGCUGUGUAAACAUCAUAUAAUAUUUUUAAGUACUCCUGAAGGUAGUUCGUCAAAAGUAUGUUUGAGCUCUUGGACUAUCCACCAUUCGAGAGAAAAUGGAGGCAACAAAGCACUGUUGUGUGCUACAAGCUGUUAUAACGCUGUGUAAACGUCAUACGUUUGACGUACUGCUCAAGAAAGUUCGUCAAAUCGGACUACUAGCUCUUGGACAAAUCAAACUUUCAUCGGGAGCGGGAGUAAAUCAAGGCAAAAAAGCACAAAAAGCUUACUUAACACAGCAUAAAAAGCUGUGUAAACGUCAUAGAACAGUGACGUACUGAUGAAUAACUAAUUUGUCAAGUCUAGCUCUUGGACUAUCCAACUAUAUUCAAGAGAAAAUUGAGAUAAAUAAAGCCACGUGGCUUAACGCUUUGUUGUGCGCUACGAGCUGUCACAAUGCUGUGUAAAUGUCAUAAUCGUUUGACGUAUGUACUGCUGAAGGAACUUCGUCAAACCAAAAGUCUGUUUCAGACUACUAGCUCCUGGACUAAUCUAUAAUCGGGAGAAAGAGCUACCAAAAAAAUAAUUUUCUGAAACAAUGGUACAUCAUUCCCUGAUAAUCCUCGGAUCAAAGGAAAUAAAGGAUAUACUCGUAUAUAUUGCCGUGAAUAUAAUUUCUAUAUUUUUGUAUGGACAUAGUAUGUUGUGAGGACCGUCGCUACUAACUGUUCAUCUCAUUUUUUGUAUUAUCUUUAGAUCAUAGAAUCACAGGAGUAAGGAACAGAGGCAAAGUUUAAUAAAAUAGGCUAUUUGACAUUAUUGAUGCUACAAAUUGUGGUCAUCCUAUUAGUUAAUAGCUUAAUUAAGCAUAUUUCGUUUUUAUUUAGAUUAAUUUAUGUGUGUAUUUGGCGUAAUAAAGGAAAAUAUAAUAUUUCACGUAAUAUAACAUUUCAAUAACUAGAUGUUGCCCGGCGCUUCGCUCCCGUGAGAGUUUUGAGAUGUCCAUUUUUAAUGGUGAAAUAAUUUUUGAAAUCGGUUCGGUAGUUUCGGAGAUUACCCGCGUUACAUCGUGACAGAGGCAACUUUCUAUAAGAAAGUUGCCUCUGUUACGAUUCCUUACUCCUGUGAUAGAAUUUUGUGAGAAGCUCUUAGAAAACACAAUUUAGUCAUAUAAUGACUUGAUUAUGAAAUAUAUUACUUAUUUUUGACUUUAACGAAAAAACCUAUAUCAAAGUGAUUUUGAUCCAUAUUAAUUUUUCUUUCUUUUGAAAAUCUUUUUUCUUUUUUCUUUUCUUUUUUUUGAAAAUCGCAGUUAAAAAUUAUCUUUUAUUUAUUCAUUAUACUUUUAUGAAGUCUGUAAUGGGUACAAUAGAACUAGAUGUUACAUAUUUAGAUAUUUAGAUUUGUAUAAUGUAUAACCCGUUAAGCAUUUAUAUUCUGAUUAAAGCGAUACCAGCUCAGUGUUAAAAGAUGAUUUUGAAAUAAAACACGCUAAAAUUGAAAAUCAAGUAGCUUUUUUGAAGGAUAGUAACCAGUAUAAUUAAUUAUCCACAACGAAGUUAUUGGGGUUCAAAAUUGGCCUGAAUAGCUUCGAGAAAGGAUGGUACGGCCGUCAUAUUAGUAGAUUUUAAUUUUGUGAUAUAUAUAUUUUUUACUAACGGCCCAUCCCGUCUGCUCGGGUAUAACCUUAAUAAAAAAGUAGCCUAAAUUACUCUUAAAGAUUUCGUCUAUCUCUAUGCCAAAUUUCUUCAGAAUUGGCCCAGUAGUUUAAUUUUAUAUUUUAUAGUUCAGGCAGCUAAAUUAGUAUUAAAACUAAAGUAUGGCAAACAGUCUUUACGCCAUACUUAGAAGUUUAGAUAUUAUUGUACCGAAAAAAAUAAAUUUGUGCCUUCGAAGUGUCAUAAGUAUUUGUUUAUGUGACGUCCCAUGGGUAAAUGCCUUAUGGUCGAUUUUAACCCCCCACUACAGAAGGAGGGGAGUUGUUAGUCUAAUGUGUCUGUAUCUGGUCCGUGGCGAUUUUGAUCUAGUUAUUUGGAAAACAAAUUUAAUAGGGAUUGUUCUUCGCUGUUUGGAAAAUGUGCGUUCAGCCGAUUGGAAACCGUCAGCUCUCUUCUAGCUGAUGAUGUUAGCAAAUUGGGAAUUAUGAAUUAUUAAAUUAUUAGUUUUUAAUAAUUUAAUAGAACCAUACAUGACAGCUUAACAACUAUCCAAAUCCACCCUUUAACCUUUCUUGUUGCAGAAAGCCGUAGAUAAUAAUAGAUUAAAGAAUCUCUUUUCGCGAUGUAAUAUUUUCCAUUAUAAUUAAGCUGAAUGUAUAAGAAGACAUAUACUUUCUGUAUUAGGCAAAAUUAAAGAGUAGAACGUUACUCAAAACAAUAGAUACAAGAGGUAAUAUAUUGGCCAUCUACGAUACGAUAUUGUGAAUUGUGUCGUAGAUGGCCAAACAUAUGUUUUAUGUUGUGCAAUAAAUAAGGUUUAAGUAAAUAAAUUUCAGAAACACACAUAAAGACUCAAAAAAGGGUCUGAAGCAGAAUGGGCGCUUCGCAAAAUGGGAAUUUCGCAAAAUGUGCACUUUUCUAGGAUACUUUACUUUACCCUCCAUAGAGGUACCUUUACUAGUGGAACAUCACAUAUAAAAAAAUAUAUAAUACUUAAUAUACAUUUAACAGUGGCAAAUAUUAUGUCGGACAUAGUCGGUUGUUAUAAAGCCAAAGGCUUUCACAUUAUAAUUUUACCAAAUGAUAUUUUUUUUCCUAGGCUAUCAUAGGUUAUUAAUGUUAUUUAUUAAUAUCUAUUACGAAAGUUUUUUUGGGAUAAGUUUUUUAGCCGAAGUGUUUAUUUAGGCCGUGCUCGCACGAAUAUUGUCAAGAAUAGUAUCGAUUACGGCAAAAUUUGUAUCGAUUGAAUAGUUCGUUAGAGGCGCUGUUAAUUUUCUAUAUAAAUUUCGUCGAUGGCGAUACUCGCAAAAGCUCGUGCCCCGGUACCAAUUAAAAUCUUAAAAAACUUUUUAAUAUAUGAUUAGUUUAGUUUGUAAUAGUAUUUUUUUAUCAACUUGAGAUAUUGCAAUAAUACCGAGAAAUAUAUAACAAAAACUCCUUUUUACAUCACUAGAGAUCGCAAAACUCGGUAGGGGUAGGUUAUGAUGCAUAUUAUUUUUUCUGACAAAUUGUUAGAUAUCUAGAUUACAUCAUUAAUGUGUUGUUAUAAUUUAAGAGUGUUACGACUAAAAAUAUACUAAAACUCAUCUCCGUUAUUGUGACAUUUUGAGUAACUGACAUUCUGCAUCUAUUUGAUCCAACUGCGAUCUCUGGUCAUUUGUCAUGUAUCCUAUCAAAUACAAUAUGUUAUAUUGUUGUAUUUUGUGUUGAGCAAUAUUUAUUUAGCAGAUUAAUUUGACAAAGAAACAAACCUCUUGAAAGAUCAGUUUGGGAUUAGACAAAGUAUCAAAAUAGAAGUAUGCACAGUUUUAUGAUAUAAUACUUGAAAUUAUUACUUUACAAACUAGCACUAGCAACCCGUCCUUGCUUCGCUCGGGUAAAACCAUAAUAAUAAAUAAUACACCUAUAUCUUCAACUUGAAUCACGAACGAAGCGUCGUUCGCUUAGAUCUUUAAAACUACUCUAACCUAUUUAGAUGCGGGUUUUUAAAAUAGAUAUUGUGAUUUCUGAGGAAGAUUUAGGUGUACAAUUAUCAUAAUAUCAUCAUAAUAAAAUAUAAGGGACGGACCGCCAGUGAAUUAUAAUUGACUCAAUCAAAUGUUUUUUGCAUUUGGCUUGUUUCUUUGGGAAAUUUCAUGCUAAAAACGCUAUAAAAAUUGUAGAAUUUUCAUGAAUUAUGUAUGUCAAUAUAGGGACUGUAUGCCUUUAAAAGUGCCUUCCGCGCGUGUUGCCCCUACGGAGUAUAUAGUAUUACGGUAUUUUUUUUAAGAACUGUACACUUGUAUAUGCUAUUAGUUAGAAUAGUUUGUAGUCAAAAUAAAUUUAUAUAAUCUUA